UCAAAGCAGUUUUCCACACGCAAAAAAUAUACAUCUCUGGUAUUUGUUUUGUUAAUUACCUUGUUCAAACUCAGUUCUCACGGGAAAUAUUGUUCAAACUCUGCUUGCAAAAAAGCCUUCUACCACGGCUUCUACGUCUUCUACUCCUCCAGACAUGGCUUCUACUUCUUCUACUCCUCCAGAUCAGUACAAGAAAUGGGAUGCUUUCAUUAGUUUUAGAGGCAAAGAUAUCCGUAAGGAUUUUCUCUCCCAUCUCUUGAAAGCUUUGUUUGGAAAACAAAUCAAAGCCUUCUUGGAUGAAAACCUUGAUAAAGGAAAAGAGAUAUCCAGUUCUCUCCUCGAAACAAUUGAAGAAUCAUACAUCUCAGUGGUGAUAUUCUCUGAAAAUUAUGCAGAGUCUCCAUGGUGCUUAGAUGAGCUCGUGAAGAUACUUCAAUGCAAGAAAACAUUAGGACAAAUAGUCCUACCAGUUUUUUAUCGUGUAGAUCCAACUGAUGUUCAAGAGCUGAGAGGGAAUUUUGGAGAGGCAUUCUCUCAGGCUCAGCAUGGAGAAGAAGUAAAAAAGGUGGAGGAAUGGUGCCAUGCUUUGAAAGAAAUCAGCAACUUAGCAGGAUGGGACUCACAGUCACGGAAUAUCAAGUCUGAGUCCGAACUAGUUGAGGAAAUAGUAAAUGUUGUUUUGGAGAAAUUAAAUGACACCUUUAAAGGUGAUUAUGAGAAUGAUGAUUUAAUUGGAAUUGAAUCACGUGUGAAGAAAAUGGAAGAAUUAUUAUUUUCUGAAUCAGUAAAUGAUAAACGAGUUGUAGGAAUUUGGGGGAUGGGAGAGAAGAAAUAA